AUUUUGAGUUUGAGACUCUGCUGUAACGAUAAUAUCAAGAAAACCUUGAUAUCGUGGAUGUUGUCUCUGUACUUAAUAAAGUGGUAAAUGAUUGUGCUUCAGGCUGUUAACGCUGUCAUUUGUACCCUUUUAUUUGCUGUCAUUUGAAGGUCACACGAGGAGCAGCUAAACUCGCUUCCUAAUCCUGUUUACCUGCAUCAAACUUCCUGUACUACAACUCUGCGGCUUCUCCUUCGUCUUCUUUCUCCCGCUUAAAAAGCAAGGAAGCAGGCGCGUCAUGUUAAAGCUCGGGCCGUGGUGUUGGUCGUGGAAGUCUCUGGAAGCAACGCUGCGGGGAACGCACUUCCGGGCCUCGUCUGCGUUUCACCGCGACGGAGCGCAAACGUUAGCCGGUGGACGUGAGCCUCUAACGGGAGGCAUUCGCGCAUCGAGCCGUAGGCAGCAGCACACGGCGGCCGCAGAGCCUGUGGAGGUGGAUGUGAAGCGGUUAGAGGAGGAAGACGAUGGAAUAGUGGAGGUGCAAAUGUUUCGACAUAAGGCAAGAAACGCUCUGGGCCAUGUGUUUGUGUCACAGAUGAGGGAGCUGGUGUCCACUCUGUCCAGUGACUCAUCAGUCCGCGUGGUCGUCUUCAAGAGUUUAGUACCAAAGGUUUUCUGUGCAGGCGCAGACCUGAAGGAGAGAGCUUUGAUGACGGACAGCGAGUCUGACCUGUUUGUUCACGGCCUGCGUUCACUCAUGACUCAGAUAGCACUGUUGCCCAUGCCGACCGUCGCAGCCAUUGAUGGUGUUGCCGUGGGCGGUGGACUGGAGCUUGCCUUGGCCUGUGACCUCCGCACUGCAGUGUAUUCAGCACAGAUGGGACUGAUUGAGACGACACGGGGGCUGCUCCCAGGAGCGGGGGGCAGUCAGCGGCUGCCGAGGAUGGUGGGCAUCACUCUGGCCAAAGAGCUCAUCUUCACGGGGAGGUGUGUGGGAGGGCAGGCAGCUCUGGAGAUGGGGCUCGUAAACAGAGCUGUAGAACAGAACCAGACAGGAGACGCUGCCUACAGAGAAGCACUGAGCCUGGCCAGAGAGAUUCUGCCCCAGGCUCCGAUCGCUGUGCGAAUGGCAAAAGAAGCGAUGAACAGAGGCAGCGAGGUCGACAUCAGCUCAGCGAUGGCUAUAGAGAGAAUGUGCUAUGCUCGGGUCAUCCCCACCCAGGACAGGCGUGAGGGUAUGGCUGCAUUCAUAGAGAAGAGACCUCCACAGUACACUGGCCAAUAGACUGCUCUCAUGUACCUGGUAGAACAUUAACAGUCUGUGUCAUCAUGUCACUCAACACAACACUUAAAUUGACUCCUGAUUUCAUUUAUUAUAUGACAAUAAUGACUUUGAUAGUAGGUGUUUGUACAUUAUAGGAACAUUAGAAGUGACUGAAUAAAAAGGCAACACAAGUGUCAUCUCCAGUUUA